AUGUCGAGCUCUGGGCUGGCAGUGAGGAUCGGGAUCGAGAUAUUAGGAACCAGGACAGGAACACGACCGGAACUGAAGAUGUACGCGUACCGAUGUGCGCAUACCGAUGUGCGCAUGUCGAUGGCCGAAGGCAUGUUCAAGAACAGCGUCGGGCUCGGGUUGCUCAUCGAGGGGAAGCGUAUGGAUAUUGCGAGAAGAAGGAGGCGCAAUGCAGAAGAGGCGCAUAGUGAUUUGCUGGCUUUGGACAUGAGUGCCUUGUGUGCGGGGGUAGAUUAA